UUUUUGUUUUUUGUUUCUUUUGCCAGAUAUCUGGAUUCUCAGGAAGAACUGGUGGGAUUGAAUAAGAGGAGAAUGUAUUUGCUAUCUUUCUUUUUCUUGUUUCAGUGGCUUUGGUUUACCUCCCAAGCUACCCUAUCCAUUUUAUGGGGGUUAGGCAAGGCAUUUUUCAGUUAAUCAAAUUACUCUGUUUCCAUCCUCAGAGGCUGGGCCAGCCUGCUUAUAGUAUUGCUUUUGCUGCAUAGGGAAUGAUUUUAUUUUCUCACCUGGAAGUCUAGUGUCAGCUUUCAGAGAGGGAGAAAAACAAGUAGGAUGCAGCCAGUAAACCCCUGUGGUUUAGGUUGCAGCCAUUGGGCUCUGGUGAUGCAGAUACUGACCCCUCUCUUGUCCCUCCUUCUGCCCCCUUCCUGACUUGCCUCCCAUUGAACCCCUUGCUCCAGCAAGGAGUUGAUGAAGACAGCAGCAGCCCUUUCAAAAUAAGCUUCAGUUUGCUCUAGUUGUUCAUCAUCAGAAUGAAAUAUCUGAUGAAGCUACUCCACCCAGAAACAUCUUGAUAGUGAAAAAGAGAAAGAUAAUGGGUAGUUGGAGCACAUGGAUGAGCAGGAAACAGAACAGUGGCAAUUUUGGGCCCUUGGACAGCUCUCUUAUGCAUGCUUUUCAUUUCUGCCGGGCCUGUUCCCAUCAAUUGAAUUGCUUCACUCCAGGUGCCAGUGAUACUUAUAUUCACAAUUGUGGAAUGCUGUGAAGUUUCUCUGGGUGUUUUGUAAAAUGCUAAAGCAGUUACUUCUCUUGAUAGGAAGAUAUUUGCCUAGGCACAAAGAUACCAGUAAUGCCUCUGUGUACAUCUUGCCCCAGCAGUUUAGCCCUCAUCAAACAUUUUAUUCUCCACAAUGUCUCAGGAAGACUUCUGAUGCAGUACUGUCAUUGCACCAACUGAGAGCUGUCAAUGCAGAAAUGUUUUCAGCAUAACUUCCAGCAGAUGGAUUCUUAUGGGCAAAUUGGCUAUGGAGCCAUUGACAGAAAUUUAACAUCUGAUUUUCAGUCUCCAUGUGCACCUUGGAUGUUUAUCACAAAAAAGCUCCCUUUCCCCUUAUUGUCUCACUGUGAUGCUGUAUUAUCUAGUCCAGGAUCUAUGGUAAAUCUAGUAAUAUAGAGUAACACUGGGAGAACGGUUGUUAUAUAAACUAUGGAGAGCAUGGAGUUUGCAAUAUCUGAGGCAUAUUGUAGUGCUAUAACUAUUUGAGCAGAAACGAAAAAAGAUCUGUUGGGUCUUUAAGUAGAACUGGUUGGACAAGUCAGCAAUCUUUGACCUGUUGACAUUUCCUGAUUGUACUUCCUCAAUCCUUCUUGAGGAGGAAUUGAGCUGUGCCACCUGUUGCAUUCUGUAGGUGAAGCUUCUCCCCUGAAGUUCCGGCAAGAUAUGAUUCUGGAGCAGUCAAACAGGUUCCCAGGAACCUCAGGCUGAUGCCCAUCUCAGCCCGUCCACGCCUGCAAUGGGAUGAUUCUCUGAAUCCUUUGAGGAUUAGUGUGGGCAGUCUUCCAGUGCUGGCGUCCAUGACCAAAGCAGCUGACCCCCGCUUCCGCCUGCGUUGGAAGGCCAUUGUGGCAACCGCUCUGGCCCUUGUCCUUGUGUUGUUGCUCCUUUGUUAUCAGCGUUCAUCCCCUGUGAACAGGCCAGUUCCUCUCAAUGCUCAUAACUGGAGGCUCAGUGUUCUACCCAGUGAGAGGUAUAAUGACACUUACCCACUGUCACCGCCCCAGAGGAUCCCAGAAGGCGUGCGGUACCGUAUAGGACUCAUUGCUGACCUUGACACAAACUCCAAGGGUCCCAGUGAGCAUACCUGGUUCAGCUACUUGAAGAAGGGUUAUCUCACACUGUCAGCCAGUGGGGACUAUGUCUCUGUCGAGUGGGAUACCCAGGACCAUAUAUUGGAAUCUCACCUAGCUGAAAAAGGGCGUGGCAUGGAGCUUUCUGAACUAGUAGUCUUUAAUGGCAAACUCUAUGCUGUGGAUGAUCGCACAGGUGUGGUCUAUCAGAUUGAUGACACCACUGUAGUACCUUGGGUGAUCUUAUCUGAUGGAGAUGGCACAGUUGGCAAAGGAUUUAAGGCAGAAUGGUUGGCUGUGAAGGAUGAGCACCUCUAUGUAGGAGGCCUGGGCAAGGAAUGGACCACAACUACAGGAGAGGUGCUGAAUCAGAAUCCUGAAUGGGUGAAAGUCAUUGGCUACAAAGGUGAUGUGGCUCAUGAGAACUGGGUGGCCAAUUACAAUGCGCUACGGACUGCAGCUGGGAUCAAGCCUCCAGGUUACUUGAUCCAUGAGUCUGCCUCUUGGAGUGAGAGACUGCAGCGUUGGUUCUUCCUGCCACGCCGUGCCAGCCAUGGACGCUACAAUGAGCAGGAGGAUGAGCAUCGUGGCACCAACUUGCUUCUUAGUUCCACACCAGACUUUACUGAUAUCACUGCGAGCCAUAUUGGUGAUAUCAUUCCCACCCAUGGCUUCUCUUCCUUCAAGUUUGUCCCUGACACUGAUGAUCAGAUAAUUGUGGCAUUAAAAUCUGAAGAGGAUGCUGGACAUGUGGCAACCUAUAUCACUGCCUUUAUGUUGGAUGGGCGUUGCCUGUUACCUGAAACUCGCAUUGGUUCUGUCAAGUAUGAGGGUAUUGAGUUUAUCUAAUUGAAAGAAUUCCUACUUUGAAGCAGGUCAGAUGAACUGCUGAGAGAUGGCAGAAGUUCUGCUCCUGGUUUAUUGCUCUAACUGGUUUUGCUGCAGAGCAUUAUGGGACAUUGAAGUGCUUCUCUUGGCAUAGUUUUCAGCUCUGUAAAAACAACUUUGCAAUUGUAGCUUGUUUCUGUGCUGACCCCUAGUGGUACAAAGUGUGCAAUGCCUGUACAGCCUUUUUUUCCCCUCUGUCCUGUUGCAUCCUAGGACUUAGCCCACUUUCUGCUUUAUUCAACCAAGCUAUUGACUUGGCAGAGCAAACCUAAUGAAAAAUUGCCUUAUUCUUCCCUGUUACACCUCCCCUUCCCCCCUUACUAUUCACAUGUGCCUUUGCUGAGAAGAAGUCUUCAAAUCCAGUUAUUCAGCAAAGAUAUUAUUCAAACUUUUGGAAGGUCUCCCCUGGCUCUGCCUAUCCCUGCAACAGUAGUUUUAAUCUUGUCUGCACAGGUACCUCUUUUUGAUAGAAAACUGCAGGUGGGACUUUGGCCUUUAGUCUGGAACUUUUCUGAUAACAGCAGAAAAGGAGCUGACAACAUACCUUGGAGCGUUUUGUCUUUGGAACAAAAGGCUGGUCUUCUGUUAUGAGCUGCCUUAUGACUGCGGCAAAGAGAUCCAUUUAUGCUAGUCUUAAUCUUGAGAUAUUAAACUUCAUAUUAGUAAGAAACCUAAAAGAUACGUAACAAGCCAUAAUUGGCUUCUAGUUUUAAACAUUACAUUCUCAGGAUAUAUACUGGAGUGUUGUUCAGGUCAUGGUUCGAAAGUCUGUUUUACAUGAUCUUUAUUAAAAAAAACAAUAAAUUGGUUUCAGUGUUAGGAAACAAGAUCUUACGCGAAUACUGUAGCUGAAAUCAGGUUCUGAAGUUAUUCCAGCUGCAGAAUUUUUAGCAUUCAGUGUUCCUCCUUUGUGUGUAAUAGAAUGGGCAAGUGAGCUUGCUUUGGCUUCCAUGUCCCUUCCUUGUUCUUGAACAUUUUCUUGAAGUUUUGUGGCAAUCCUAGCACUGUAUCUUAUUUUUCAAAUAAAUUAUCAACAGCUUUUCUAGUUUGAAGGUCUGGGGUGACUUCAGUUACCUGAACAGAAAUUUUAAAAAUGUGUCGACAGUCAUAACAAGUGCCAGUUUUUGAGCAGAUAGAAUUAAAAAUAUAUGUGUAAGAAACAUAAAUAUUAUGGAACAGUUUGUAGAAACAUAGGCUACAGAAACUCCAAAGAAAUGUAAUGAUUUUUUGGGUAUACCAAAAUGUAUAUGGUUGAAGCCUAUGCCAUAAAUGUGUGUAAAGAUAAAUGAAUGUGCUUUAUACCAAA